AUGGCAAGUGACCGCGGAGGGUUCCCUGAUGACCCUAUAUUUGCCCAGUUGCUCCAUGUCGCCAGACAGAUCGACCAUGUCAUUGUGCAUGACCCCCGCAAUCGGAUUGAUGCGGAUUACGCCCAGUUGCUAACGGAUGUCUUGAGGAUGCAAGCCCGAAUGAGGGAGCGCCUCCCCCGGUCUCUGUUCAGCGAUGAGCAUCUGCAAGUUCUCCAGGACGGCAGCCCGUUUGUUGCUGUUCUGGCAGACGGUAACUACGAGUUCAUUGUUGCUGCAUUCGCGACCCUCUCCAUUGGAGGCGCAGUGGUCCCGUUAUCGACAACUAUCUCACCAGUAGAGGCAUUUCGGCUCCUCCAGCGAUCUCAGUGCCCCACCAUCCUCGCCAGUCCAGCCCACUUCCAGCGCGGCACCGACAUCCAACGGUGCGCCGCCUCGCAGGCGGGGGCCGCGGGUGCAGGUGUCCAACCCACCCUCCUGCAGAUCCAGCACAGCACAUAUCCGGUCCACAACACCUCAAGUCCCCUCUUCGACCUCAACGCCGCAAUCAAGAUCCCCGAAAACAGACCGGGCCUGCUCCUCUUUACAUCCGGCACCUCCGGCCCCCCCAAAGGCGUCGUGCACGCCCGCCAGCUCUUCUACGAGAUCCACCGCGCCAGCGCGCCCACCGAGACCUUCCUGCACCACCGCCCCCCGAGCUGGAUCACCGGGGCUCUGCCCUUGUUCCGGCACCCGCUUGCGGGCGCGCGCAUGGAAAUCGUCCCCGAGAACCCCGAGAUAAUAUGGACUCGGCUCCGUGAGGGCGGCGUGACGAUGCUCAUCGGACCGCCGCGGUUCUGGGGCACGCUGAUGCGGUAUUUCCAGGAAUGCAUCGCCGGGCUAGCGGGGGAGGAGAGGGACGCGUAUGUGCGUGGAGCGAGGGAGCUUAGGACGGUACGGUGCGGCGGCACAAUGCCACAUCGACUCUUGCUGAACUUUUGGCGCAACGAGAUCGGGCUCCCGUUGCUUGUUUCGUAUGGGGCGACUGAGCUGGGUGGACGCGGGUUGAGGAUGACGGGGGACUCGGAUUUCACGCUCGAGCGCUGCGUGGGACGGCCUCUGCCCGGCGUCACAGUCCGUCUGUCAGAAGGCGACCAUGGCGAAAUCCAGAUCAAGAACCCGGUGCUCUUCUCUCAUUACCUCGGCGACGAACAGGCAACGCAGGCUGCAUUCACCACCGACGGAUACUAUCGCACUGGAGACCUCGCGCACCGCGUGGGAGAAGACUAUGUCUUUGAUGGACGGAUGCGUCUUCUCGAGCAACCAUUCAUCUCCGACGCCUGCGUGCUCGCUGUCACGGACGCCCGGAGCAGCGAGCGCGUUGCGGCCGUUAUUCGUCUGCAGGCUACUGGUUUACCUGCACGUGGUAUGGCUGAUUGUCAGCCCUGUCUUAGAUUCCUGCGCGAGCAGCUCACGGCAACUGGCCUGGUGCCGGAGUAUAUGCUGCCGACGGUUUUGCGGGUCCUGCAGGAUGAUGAAGAGAUACCCCGGACUGCUUCGACCAAGAUUCUUCGAGCGAAAGCCGCGGAGCAGUACUUCCCUCUGUCUGCGAGCUUGGAGUUCCCUGGGGAUGUGGAGCUGCAUCGAGAUAUGCGCCCGCGCAAUACUCGUCUCCUUGUCCAGCCACAGCCUCCUCGCCAGUUCGUUCUCCACAGGGAUAAUCCUCUCCAGCUCUGCGCGCGCAAUCUUCCACCCAGCCAUCCCCAGCCCCAGCGCGCGCGUCAUCCGCGCAACAUGCCCGUGCACCACACUCAGGCUAUACUCAUACACCUUCUCCAGCGAGUCCAUGCUCGUCAGCACCCAAGCCGUGUCGAUAUCCAAGUGCGCGGUGCGGCGAAACGUCUCGGCAUGGACGCGGAACGAGCCAAAGUCGCGCGCCACAAAGCCCCGGAUCUGCUUCGUGGCGGGGUCCAGCCGCACCAGCAUGUUCUGCUGAUGCGCCUGCAGCGCGAAGCCGUGCAGGAACACCGGCGGGAGCACGGCGCGGAACAGCUGGCUGCAGUAUUCCCGCAGGACGCAUGCCGCUUCGCCCGCGCGCAUGGUCGCCGGGUCCCAGAUCCGGGCGAUGUUCUCGGUGAGUGCGGCGCAGACGAUGAUGCGGGAGCCUGUGCGCGCGGCGAUGGCCUCCGUGCUCUCGCGGAUAAUGCAGCCCAGGGAUUCGGAGGGGGUGCUGGCGGCGCCGUACUCGCGCAUCGCGAUCAGCGAGCCGCCGAAGGAUCGCGCCGCUUGUUCCAGGAGGUUGAGGAUGGGGCUCAUACGGUGUCCGAUCGUGAUGGCCCAGGGGCGAAUAGAGCUCUGUGGCUUGCCCGGCAGAGUGUACGGGAGGGCCUGGGCGUCUGGGAACAGUUGCUGGAUGUUGGGCAGUUGCAGCUCGUGGACGGGGAUGGUGACCUGGUCGUCGCGGACGCUCGUGUUGGGGCAGAGGACCUGCAGCCAUUUGUCGUACUCGCCCACGACGGUCACGGCUUCUCUGGCAACGACGACGAAGUGGAUUGUCGCGUCGGUGAAGUCGCCGACGACGGGGUGCCGGCACUUGUGCCAGGGGUGGGUGCUGAGCCCUUCGAUGACGGCCUGCUCCCAGUCGAUGCUCGGCGAGUCGAUGCUGAGAUGGUCCCUUGGCUUCUGGUAUGCUCGCUCCUGGUUCUCGACGCAGUUGGUAAGCUCGGCGCAGACGCGGUCGACGUCGAUGGCCGCCCAUCGCCCGAACAGGCGCAUCAGGUCUGCUCCAUCGGCAAUGGCCUCGCCGGCGGAGUGCACGACCUCGCGGUCAAAGGCUCUCGGAUAGACAUAGCGGCUCCCCAACGGGGCCCCGGCCGGGCUCUCGUGGAGCAGAAAACGCACCUCUUCGUCGGGGCAGUUGGAAUGGCGGAUUGUCACUGUCUUGCCAGAAAAGGUCGACUCAACCGCACCUUCGUUGAUCAGGCAUGCUGCCACACGGGACAGCGAGCCCAGCUGGGCGCGCUCUUUGGCUGCUUCAAGACUGGAUUCAAAAUUGGGGCUCCUGCUAGUGCUCAUCUUGCAGCUGAAUGUUACGCCGUUGCCAUGUCUCGCUCUCGGCAGGACGUGAUAUUCGAAACCACCAAACGCCUUCUCGCCCAAGCCAUCAAUGACGGACUCGCCGCCGCUUCUAUCAGAAGCCGCUCACUCGACUCCUCGUCAACUGAGCGAGAACUAUAUGUUCAGCCGCCUACCCCUUUCGCGACUGACUGUACUAUCCGUCUCACCUGUGCCUUGAGUGUUGAUGCCUGCGUGGAAGUAGAACAGCACCGGGUCGCUGGGUUUCUUCGACCUGACUAUCUAUGCCCCCCUCUGGCGUUGAUUGACAAGGUGACAGGGAACAGUAUAGAGGAGGUCCAUCCGGGCCCUGUAUGCCAGGUGAUCUUUUUGUGGCACCCCGGCCUGCCACAUGAAGUUCUCACGGGUCUGCAGCGCGAGUUGCAGAGCUCUGUUGACAAUCAACAAAGGUGGCUGGAGUAUGCCGCAUCCUCGCUGCCACUGACGGUGGCUUCCCCGCUGAUCGACUGGGAAAGAUCCGUCAUAUGGGGACAUCCCUGUCAUCCUCUUCAUCGUACAUAUCUCCCUCUUCCCCCCCUUGAUCCCGUCCUGCCAAACCACGACGACUUCAACACCCUCCUCGAGCCAUCCAUCACCUUCCUUUCCGUGCCCCGGCACGAUCUGACCAUCUCCGGGCCUUUCUCAGCCACAUUGGCGCCCCUCCUCCAGACCCUCAACAUCAACCCCUCCAGCCCGGACCACAUCGUCAUCCCCGCCCUAACACACCAGCUCCCGGCCAUCCUCCCCUCAUACCCAGCUGCGACCCCCGUAAAGACCAUCGAUGGCCUCGCCAAAGCUCACAUCUCCCUCCGAACUGUCUCCCUCUCCCCAGAAUGCAACUUCCCAUUUCACCUGAAAUUCUCCCUCAACUGCCAAAUCACCUCCGCAAUCCGAAACCUCCACCCGCACACCGUCCAGGACGGGCCCCAACUCUCCUCCCUCCUGGCCGACCUCCUCCCGCAAAAUCUGUGGGUGUUCACGCACGCCGCCUGCGUCACCGGCACCCAACAUCCUCCAGCUCCCAAGUCUGCGUCUGGAUCUGAAUCUGAAUCUGAAUCUGGACGCGCCCAAUACCUCGCCUGCAUCCUGCGCCACAGCCUGGAAGGACAGGCCGAGGAACAAGGCGAAACACUCAUCCCCGUCGCGGCGCUAUACAAUAGCCCGCGCGCGCUCUCUCCGCAGACCGGGAAGCCUCGAUGUUACGCAGACCUCCUCUUCGACCUCAACUCCCCCAGCAAAAAACGCUCCUGGCUCCGCGCCUACACCCGCGCCUUAUUCCCCCUUGUUCUGCCGCCGCUAGCGAAGUACGGCAUUGGGCUGGAAGCGCACGGGCAGAACGUCCUCCUGCGCGUGGCCAAGGCCACUGGCCGAAUCACCGGCUUCGCGGUCCGCGAUUUCGACGGCCUGCGCAUCCACACGGCUACGCUGCAACGAGCCAUCCCCGAGCAGUAUCGACAUAGACUUGAUGCUUUAUCUGGGGUAGAGGAGAACAGGAGAUCGAGAAACUUCGUCGACAACGAGGAGGCCGUGCGGAAGAAGGUUUAUCAUGCUCUUAUCCAGUCGCAUAUUGGGCCCCUGGUGUAUGGGUUGGGAUUGGAGGGGCUCAACGCGGAGGCUGAGGCUGGUGCUGAGGAUGGUGACGACGGUGGUGGUGGGUGGACGAUUGUUCGCGAGGAAUUGGGGAGGGUUCUCCUGAGCGAAGAUUUAAGUGGACCGGGGACAGAAUCAAGAAGGCGAGAGGUGUAUGCAUUUAUGGUCAAGGAGACGAUGUCUGUCAAGUGCUUUCUGCAGAUGAGAAUGCAAAGGAUCUCGGGCGACCGCUUUGAGAGGGAGCUACCCAACGUAUUAUUUCGGAGCUGA